CUUUUACUUCUGUUUUCCAGGCGUCAUGAUGUCGCGCGUCGUCUCCAAGCAAGGUGCGCUCAGAGCAAACAAACAGUACGAACUACGACUGGUCCUUGGAACAACGAGGGCUUUCAAGCUGUGCUCUUGUCAGCAACACAACGCCAGGCUUCCUCACUUGCAAGAAAGAAACGUCGAUACCAGCAGUGCAUAGAAGCCCAAGACGCUCUUUGGUGUCCUAGAAGAGCAGUACUUACACCAGGCGAACCGCGUCUGUUGAGGGCCUUCUGUUGAAGCUAUGUAACGUAAAUGUAAAGUGCUUUGGUCUUCCUCGGU